AUGGCGGUGGACAAUGGAAUUCCACUAAUCACUGAUAUUAAAUGCGCCAAGCUGUUCAUUGACGCGUUACAUACGGUUGGCCGUCGUCCGCCAGUGAACUCCCAGAUUGACUGCGUGGCCCAGUCGCAACCUAAAACGCCUUCCAGGAUUGAUUGA